AUGGAGACACAAAAUCGGAUCCUGGUAUCUGGACUCACAAAACCGUGGGGCAACAAUUCCUUUCUCCAAGGCAAUUUGGGCUUUACUGGCACCCCUCCACUCCCAAAUGAUACAUUCCUCCUUAAUGGCUCUCUGCAGAACUGGACGGAGAGCUACAACAUGGACUUCAUGCCAAGUGUUGCUGGUAUCCUUAUUCCUCUGAUCUAUAUAAUAGUCUGUGUGGUUGGUUUAGGGGGCAACACCCUGGUCAUCCACAUCGUCUUGCGCUACUCUCAGACCCAGUCCGUGACAAACAUCUACAUCUUGAAUCUGGCCAUAGCUGAUGAACUUUUCAUGCUUGGCCUUCCCUUUCUGGCUGUCCAGAAUGCUCUUCUGUCCUGGCCAUUUGGGUCACUGAUGUGCCGUCUGGUUAUGACUGUGGAUGCUAUCAACCAGUUCACGAGCAUCUUCUGCCUGACCGUAAUGAGUAUUGACCGGUACUUGGCAGUGGUCCAUCCUCUCCGGUCUUCCAGAUGGCGCCAACCUCGAGUAGCCAAGACAGUCAAUGCCACAGUAUGGGCAGUUUCCUUUCUUGUUGUACUUCCAGUUGUGAUUUUCGCUGAUGUGUUACAGGACGAUGGGAACUGUAGCAUAGUAUGGCCUGAACCUGCAGAAGUCUGGAAAGCCUCGUUUAUUGUUUACACAGCAACUGUAGGAUUCUUUGGCCCUCUGCUAGUCAUUUGCAUGUGUUACCUGCUCAUUGUAAUCAAGGUCCGCAGCUCUGGACGCAGAGUCCGAGCCACAUCCAUCCGACGGCGGAAAUCUGAGCGGAAGAUCACACGAAUGGUGGUGAUCGUGGUAGCUGUGUUUGUGUUUUGUUGGCUACCAUUCUACAUAUUAAACAUCGUCAACCUGCUAGUGCUGCUUCCUGGAGAGUUCAGGGGUCUAUACUACUUUGUGGUGGUCCUUUCAUAUGCCAACAGCUGUGCUAACCCCAUUCUGUACGGAUUCCUCUCUGAGAACUUCAAACGAGGCUUCCGGAAAGCUCUGUGUCGUUCAACCAGGCGAGUGGAAAACCAGGAUCUACAACAGGGUACUGUCGGAAACCAUACUCUGCCUCUUGAGGAAAUGAAAAAGGACCUCGAGCUGACAAAUUGCCUAAAAGAAUCCUGCGAACAAAUACAGCAAAACAGUGAAGAAGAAGAGGAGGAAGUUCAGGAUGCAGAUAUGGGUUACAUAGAGAAUGCCACCCAGAUGACAGAAAUCUGUAGUUCUGUAAAGAAUGGCUGCGGGAAUAGGCACAGGGAGGGUACUAGGACCAUAGACUCAUGUAUGGUUGAUGCCAAGGAAGCAGGUCCAAGUUAUGGAAACAGAACUGGGGAAAAUGGAGAGUAUAUUAGUCCAACCUAUGGACAUGUUGUUAGUGUCAAUGGAUCUCAAAUAGGAAGCAUCAAACCAGUGGCAGAGGAAUUGGGAGACACUGUUCUGGAAAUCAGUUAUUUGUAA